CUGAGGCGCUUACCCCUAGGGCUAUCAGUCCCUUAGGGACGCUCUCCUGGAUAGCUGCACUAGCCUCUUCUGGGAUUUUUCACGCUGCCCUCCAGCCUCCCUUUCCUGGUUCUUCCCCCCUUCCCAUCCCCCUCACCUUUGUCCUGAACUUCCUCCCUUCAGAGACAGACUUUGCUGCCUCGCCUCCUCUCAACAGGGUUGCAGAAAGAAGUUGGGAGCUCCUCAGAGAAGCUGAGCCGUACUUGUGCCAGCAUCGACUCCCCCAGUUGCAGGUUCGGUGUAGGGGCGCUCUGAACCUGGACAGCUCACCUGCCACCAAAGGAAGGAGGAGCGAAAUAACUCAAGGGGAAGUGAGAGCCUGGCACUGCACUCUGUGCCCCACGAUGUUUGCACCUCGCCAUGGUCAUGGUGCCCUGACUGUCUUGGCUUUCCACUUCCUGAUCACCCUGCUCGGGACUUCAGGUCUUGCAAAUAAAGAGAUCAUGAUGAAACCAGAGAUGAGUAUUCUUGGAGACCAAGUGGUAAUCCAGGCUGGUGGAACAUUUGACAUAACCUGCAGGGGAUUGGCUGCCAUUACCUGGACCUGGGGCAUGGGGUCUGCAGGGAGUCGGGCCCGCAUCUUGGAACACCCCUGCUCUGAUAACCCCCUUGUUACUUGCAACCAGCUCACCAUCUUCCACACAGAAGCUGGUGACACUGGAUACUUCACAUGUAGCUACAAGGAUGUCGCUGACAUCAGGGAUCCUAAUAGCAAGACCAGUGUGUAUGUGUACGUCAAAGAUGACAACCAGGUCUUUGUGCAGACCUACUAUAAUGCGCCACUGGUGAUCACCGUGUUUCCUGGAACCCAAGAGGUGGUUGUGCCAUGCCGAGUUACCUCUCCUGAUGUCAAUGUCAAGCUUCAGUUGUUACACUCUGCCACAUUUUCCUAUGGAAGUCAAAACUGGAAUCCCAGGAAAGGCUUCAUUGUGACCCGACCCUCUUACCACUUCUACAGCACCAUGCUCCAGUGUGUUGCCGAAGUUAAUGGGAAGAUACACAAGUCAUUCUAUCUCCCACAGCGUCUGGAAACCAAGAGAGAAAAUAUCUCCAUCAGAUACAACCACCAGAAACUUCUCAUAGGAGAUACCCUUUUCCUGCAAUGUGUUGCAGAGACCACAUUCAAUGGACGAAUCAAACUGAACUGGGUAUUCAAUCGGCAAGAUUCCAAGACAACACCCAGGUGUUGUGAAAUUAAAAGAAAAUUGUACCAAGGAUCCCCUGUGUACAAGAGUUAUAGUAACUUGACCAUUUGGAAUGUAACUAUGGAAGACAAUGGUUUGUACAUUUGCAGGGAAGAAAACAAUACUGCCCUGCAAGCCAACAUCACCAUCAUCGUGUACAGUACGUAAUACUUUAACUCCUGACUCUUCCCUGAAAACUG